AUGGAGAGCUCCGACCCGAUCGCGUCUCGCGCGCAUCCCUCGAACAGCGUUUCCGAUAACACUGAGCCAACGCAUCCGAAUCAUACCGACUCAAUGGUGACGGUCCCUCUAUCCGACGUGCAGUCCAAUUCCGAACAUUCGCAACCCGAUUGGCGGACGCUUGAUAUCCCUCGGACGCCAGUCGAGUCGACCUUGCCUGGGGAGAUGGAGGUAUAUGGUGAAGAUAAUGUGGGAAGGGAAACGACGCCGACCCGCGACUGCGUGAAAACGGAACUUGUGGCGGAUUGCACCUCGGGUGCUCCGUCUGUUCGGUCCCGUAGCAGCGAAGAAUAUGAACGAGGCGAUGCAGUCAAUUGGGAAGAAUUGGAUAAAACAGAAGAGCAAGAGACCCGUGGCGAGGGAUCUGAUGAAUCGACUGCUCUUCUUUUGGCUCGGUUGGAGCAGGAGAACAAUGCUCUAGCGACGAAUCCCAAGUCUGUGAGUCAGCACCGACUGCAGACAAGGGCAUCGCGAGGGCAGUCACUGCACCAAAUCAAGCGGUUGAUUAACGAGGACCCUCGAUCGUCUCUGCGAUACUCUCAGCUUCCCCCUCCUCCCAUGACUGAGCUCGAGUUCUGGGCUGCCUUGGUCGCGGAUUACCCUCAGACUGCCCAGCGAUUGCCGACUUUGACCUCCAAUAAAAUUCGCGGGGGUAUUCCGCCGCCGCUUCGAGGCGUAGUCUGGCCCAGCUUGGCGGGAGCUCGAGAUUCUGCGUUACUAGCUGAAUAUCAAAGGCUGUGCGGCGAAACAAGUCCGUACGAAGGAUUGAUCGGAAAAGAUAUUGGUCGCAGUUUUCCAAACGUGGAAAUGUUUCGUGAUCCCCACGGCGAGGGGCAGCAGAUGCUGGCGAGAGUUUUGAAGUGUUUCAGUCUCUACGAUACUAAGAUCGGCUACUGUCAGGGGCUGGGAUUUGUCGUCGGACCCUUGCUGAUGCACAUGACCGAUGCGGAAGCGUUCUGCGUACUAGUACGGUUGAUGGAUCACUAUGAUCUGCGGACAUGCUACCAGCCUGAUCUAUCCGGUCUCCAUUUGCGCGUGUAUCAGUUCCAGAACCUCCUUGCGCGCCACCGUCCCGCUUUGUUCGCUCAUCUGGAAUCCUUAAAUGUGGAGCCGAUCUAUGUGUCUCAAUGGUUCCUGUCCUUUUUCGCAGUGUCCUGUCCUCUUCCCAUGCUUCUUCGAAUUUACGAUGUCAUAUUUUUGGAAGGGGCAUGCGAGACCUUGAUGCGUGUCGCCUUGUCGCUGAUGCAAAGGAACGAGAAGAAGAUUAUGGCCUAUACUGAAUUUGAGGAUGUGAUGCAAUUCUUGCUGUCGAGGAGUUUGUGGGAUGCAUACGCUUGCCAUGCGGACGACUUUGUCAAUGACUUUGUCUCGCUGACAUCGCUGGUCACUAAGGAAAGCCUGCAGGCUUUGGAAGCCAGUUACAACCAAUCGCAAGGGGUGCCGACCGGCAUCACUUUCCCUCAGAUGCAGGCUGCGGCCUCGAGAUUCCUGGGCCGAUUCUGGGCGGGAUCAAGCUCUCAGACGAAGUCCUUCAAUCUCAACCCCAACAGCGGCAGUAUGUCAGCUCGCGCCAGUGUGCGCCGAUCCACGUCCAAACAAAGCUUGACCUCCACGCUCAAUUCGAUAGAAUCGACCUCCGAUGCGAGUACAGCGCCGACGGAGCUCUCAGCAGAACCACCCAAGCAACGAGCCAAGUCGGCCAUGUCGCACAACAAAGAUCGUGAUCUGCACUCACAGAUAGAGGAUCUGCUGAUGGCGCUAAGCGAUCUCCAGCGGCAGCAUGCAGAUCUUACGCGGAAGCUGCAGCAGGAGCGCGAGGAACGGGAGGAGGACCAGGAGUUGGCGAAGUCCAUGCUGAACUACAUCAAGGAGAUGGAGGCGGAUGAUCCGCCGGUUGAGCUUAUCAGCAAAGCGGAAGAGAGAUUCGUGGAGGUAGCCAGCACGAAGCGCGACUCGAUCCCCCAGACAAAGCAGCAACUCCGUGAGGAUCUCAAUCGGUGGAAGGAGAUGCACGAGGUCGAAGCGGGCCGGUGUCUCGAUCUGACGCGUCGCAUUGACGAACAUGAACAAGAGAACUCGUCGCUGAGAGAGCAGUUGCGCGAGGCUCGCAGCCGCAUCCAGGAUGGUUACCGAGAUCGUCAACGCCUGGAGAGAACCAUCCGGGAGCUGCGGACCAUCAAGACGUCGACGCCCGACUCGCCACCAGAGUCGUUUGGCUCGCCAACCAGUGACGCGGGAGAGAGCCGGUCGCCCAGCGGGCUCCGGGAACUCAAGCUGGGGCGGUCGAAUUCGCAGAAGAGCACGACCUUCAACAAGAGGUCGAGCAGCCUUGGACUCCAGUCGGUCCUGUCAACAGAGAACCACAAACCUGCAGCGGAGGAGACGCUGCUGCUGGAGCUGGUGAACGCCAAGACGGCCGAGGCGGUGGCCAAACAGGAGCUGGAAGAAGUCAAAGCGAAGCUGGACUCGUUGAGGAAGAUGAUCGGAGGGCAAGGAUCAUUGUCACGAAGCGAUUCGCGCAAUUCCUAUAUUGGCCGGUCCUCGUCGAAUCUCACCAAAUCAGCCACAGAGCCGGUUAAUAGUGGAGGAGGAUUCUUCAGUGGCUGGGGGCGGCGAGCCGUGUCUUCCAACGAUUCGUACGCAGAAGCCCGGUGA